AUGCGGGGUACUUUACAUAGCCUCAUGGUCCACAUCUGCUCCAUCCCCUUGAUUUUCCCACUCAGUCCUGCUUCACCCACUCAGCUGCAGCUUCCUGACGUCCCUGAAGGGUGGCCUCUGUCUUCAAAGCCUACCCCUCUGGCCCAGGUCUUACUUCGCUCCUUCCAGUCCAGGACCUUGGACUUCAGAGCUGACACUCUCUCCCCUGGGAACUUACCCCACAUUUCUCUCUCCUCCAAUUCUGGGCAGCCCCCGCCUCUGCUCACCUCAUUGCAUCUCCCAACUGGAAGAAGAGGGUCCUACAGACCCACACAGCGAAGCCCAGCUGCCCCACGCACACCCCACCAGGCUUGGCUGACCCAGUCACCUCUUCUGACACCAGCUGGCCAUUCCCUACUGCUGAUUCUCCAACCUUCCUGGUGUCCUGGGGCCCUGCCCUCCUUUCUGUUUCUUCUCGGCCACUUACCUCUCAUUUUGCCACCAGAACUCCAGAGAAAUAGAGGUCAGACGAUCUAG